CGUUGAGCAAAUAACAAAUCUGACAUAUCACUGAAUGAGCAAGGGAGGAAAAAAGGCAUUGUUGAACAAGAAUAUAUUGAUUAAAAAGAGUCAUGUUACCAUCACGUCUAAGCCCAGUUAUUUCAACUACUCCAUCGUCUCAUUAUAUCGGCGAUGUUUUGAGCGUUGAUCCAACAAAUUCGACACAACAUGUAACUCGGGUACUUUAUCGUCCUUAUCAAACUUCACCGUGUUUGUCCGACGACAAUCCUGCCAUUCGAAGAAAACAGAGAAGAAAUAGAACAACGUUCACAAAAAGUCAGCUUGAGGAGCUUGAGAAAGUCUUUGAAAAGAAACAUUACCCAGAUAUAGCAUUAAGAGAAGAGUUGGCGACCAAAAUAAGCAUAAGCGAGGCAAGAAUACAGGUGUGGUUUCAAAAUCGUCGUGCAAAAUGGCGAAAGUCACAGAAUCCAUCAAGAUUACAUCCGAAAAAGAUAAGAAUUGACUCCGAAAAUUCCUUACAAAUACCAAUUGCUCCGCGUCCCAGUUUAUCAUAUACUGCCCCUGGAUAUCUUCUUAGUGUACCGGGGAAUGGUCCACCAACCUUACUAACACCUACAGCCUAUAUGACACCAACUAUACAUAAUGGACCUAUAUGGCCUUACGCCGGUCAUUGCUCAAAGACAGAAAAUGAAUCACGAAGUUUGGAAAGUCGAUACUUACGAGGAAAUGCAUGUUCUCCACCAACAAUGACACCAUUUGAACUAUAUUCUUCAUAUCGAUAAAGAAAAACUACGGAAGAAAAAAAUGAUAUCGCGGAGCCAUAAAGUUUCAUUACCUUACCCAGGCUUCAAUGCAAUGGACUUUCAUCUUAACUCUCAAGUACUUAAAAAAAUAGAAAAAUUGCAUACAUAAAGAGAAUAUUUAUGUACGCUUUAGGCAGCGUUUAUAAACGGUUGGACAAUUUUGUUGUUCAAACUAGAUUGACUCAGCGAUAACACAAAUUCAAUUAACCAUUGCGGUAUUGACGUAUUGUUGUAUGUGUUUGAAGAAAGCGAUAGGAAAACAAACAAUGAAAAAAUAAAACACACAGUUUGAGAUUAAUGGACAAGAAUUGUCACGCUAUGUUUAUUUAAAUCAAAUAUAACACUUAAAUGAAUAAUUUUACUAAA